AUGCUGCGCUGUCCGCUGCGUUGCACGCCGGCCGGCAGCCACCUCGUGUCCAGCCGUGCGCGGCAAGCGGCGCCGCUCGCUUCCUCCACCCUCUACACCCCUCAGGAGAAGCGAGGGAUGACCGUCACGGCGGCUUCAACGGCCGACAAUGACAAGGUCCUGCACCUGAUGCGGCACGGUCAGACGGAGAUGAACGUCUUCCUGCGGCGGCACUACGACAGAAACGGUAACCACGCGCUGCUGCCGCACGAGGACCCGAUGAUGAUCGACACACGUCUCACCGCGGAGGGCAAAGAGCAGGCGCGGUGCAAGCAGAGUGAAGUCCUCGAACUCGACCCCAGGCCCGAGCUCGUCGUCUUCUCGCCGCUCUCUCGGGCCAUCGAGACGGGCCAGCUCGCGUUCGCGGGCCUGCCCGACGUCCCGCGGACGGUGACGCCCCUCGCGACGGAGAAGGUGUGGUACGGCGCGGACCUCGGCCGGAGUCCCUCGGAGCUCGCGAAGGACUUCCCCGACCUCGACCUGAGUGACCUCCCGGAGGUGUUUUGGUACACGGGCAAGGACGGGAACCCCUCGAAGCCCGUCGACGAGCCGGAGCGCGUGUUCGUGCGGAGGAUCGAGCAACUGCGGGACUGGCUCGCGGCCCGGCCGGAGAAGUCGAUCGCGCUGGUGGCGCACUGGGGGGUGUUGAAGGUGCUGUCGGGGCGCUCGUUCGACAACUGCGAGAUCCACACGACCACGGUGUCCAAGCUGGCGAUCGGAGACAAGAACGGCCUGUACAUCUGA